UAGCGACUACAGUCGACUUAGCACUAUAAAACAGACUGAGAGUCCAAGUUAUCGCAUUUAUUAACGUGUUAUCGGACACUGAAGACCUCUCUGGUAGAAUUAUCAGUUAUUUGUUUGUUUGUUUGACUGUGUGCAGUGAUGGCUCCAAUCAAUGCUGAUGUUGUAAAUGGGAGCAAGGCCAGUUCGCUUCCGAAAACGACUUUGCCUGAAGUUGAAACUGAAAGCAAUGGAAAUAAACGGUAUUCAUAUGAGAUGCUUGUGGAGACUGCACACUUCCUUCUAUCUAGAACUCCAGUCAGGCCGAUGAUUGGGGUUAUAUGCGGCUCUGGGAUGGGUUCGUAUUGGAACGAGGGAUCUCUAGCUGAGAAUAUAGUAGAUGCGCACUGUAUUCCUUAUGAGGAGAUUCCUAAUUUUCCAAUAAGCACUGUAGAGGGCCACCACGGCAAGCUAGUGUUUGGACAUCUUAAUGAUGUUCCAGUGGUCGCUAUGCAGGGACGUUUCCAUUACUAUGAGGGAUAUCCACUAUGGAAGUGCUGUUUACCCAUUAGAGUAAUGAAGUUACUUGGCGUGAAAACGCUCAUAGCAACCAAUGCUGCCGGAGGUCUCAACCCUAACUACAAAAUCGGGGAUUUGAUGAUCGUAAAGGACCACAUAAACAUGAUGGGAUUUGCCGGUAACAAUCCCUUACACGGACCAAAUGACGAGAGAUUCGGUCCACGCUUUCCACCGAUGAACAAAGCCUAUAAUUAUGAGUACAGAAAGAUUGCCAAAGAGGUUGCCAAAGAGCUAAACAUACAGGAUAUUGUAAGGGAAGGUGUUUAUACUUGUUUGGGUGGCCCUAACUUUGAAACUGUUGCUGAAAUCAAUAUGCUUAAGCUGGUUGGUGUCGAUGCUGUAGGCAUGUCUACGGUACAUGAGGUUAUCACUGCGAGGCACUGCGAUAUGAACGUGUUUGGACUGUCUCUGAUCACAAAUGAAUGUGUAACCAGCUAUGAGCAUGAAGGCGAGGCCAAUCACGAAGAGGUCCUGGACGUGGGGCGUAUGAGACAAGACAUCCUACGGAAUUACCUAUCGAAACUCGUCGUUAGGUUCGCGCAGAUAUUGAAAAGGGAUAACCCCUGAAACUAUGACCACACCUAGCUACUUUUGAUGACUACGUACCUAUCUUUUAAAGAUCUAAACAAAUAAAUAUUUGAUUAUAUUUAUAAUUUAUAUUUUAAGAUUUAAUAAUAUUGUGUUAUUUAUUUAAUAAAAAUGCUACUUUUGUAGUGACUACUUAAA